AUGUCUUCAUAUGCUAUCACUGGAGCCUCCAAGGGCAUUGGUCGCGAGUUCGUGCGCCAACUCGCUGCCGAUUCGACCAACACGGUCCUAGCCAUUGUGCGAAACCCCGAAUCGCCCGACAUGAGUGAAAUCGCCUCCAAGCACCCUAACGUACACGUUAUCAAAGGCGAUGUUACGGAUCCAAAGUCGAUUCUCGAGGCUGCUUCGGCCGCAGCCGUCAUCACAGGCGGGAAGCUAGAUGUGCUUAUCCACAACUCCAACGCCGUUGAUAUGGCCUCCAUGUCCUUCAACCCGACCCAGAUUCCCUUUGAUGCUCAAGCUGUCCGGGAAAUUUUUGAGCCGUCGCUGAACACGGCUAUCUACGGUGGUAUAUGGGCAACAAAUGCCUUCUUGCCCCUGAUUGAGAAGGGCAUCCAAAAGAAGAUUGUGCACAUAUCCACCGCCAUGGCCGAUUUGGAAUUGAUCAUUAACACUGGCGUCAGCUAUGGUGUCGCGUACAGUGUCGCAAAAGCUGGGAUGAAUGUUCAAGUCGCAAAGUACGCAGCAGAACUUGCGCCUAAAGGCAUUAAGGUGUUGGCUUUAAGUCCUGGAUGGGUUGAUACAUGGGAGGGAGAGAAACCUCCUCAGGUGAAAGAAGGCGAAAAUUUUAUGCUGAGGCAGUUCCAGGCAGUUGAGCCUGAGCUCAAGGGACAGAUUCAGCCAGAGGAGAGUGUCAGAAAGAGCCUCCAGGUCAUCGAGCGUCUGGAUGCCGAGACUAGUGGCCAGCUCCUUAGCCAUAAUGGAAACAGAAGUUGGUUUUGA